UACGCCCAAAUAUUUUGACUAGCAAAUCCAACGGCUGAUGUUUAUUUUUUUUUCCAGAUCGAGAAUACUCCAUGUACUUGACAAAGCAAGAACUAACGAGUUCUAAAUAUGAAUAGUAAACCUAUAAACUGCACUUUUAGAUCUCCCUGCAGUGCAUCAAGAAGAGAAUCACGGAGUCGAGAUUUGAAUAACCAAGAUUAUGGUUACCUAGAUGUGUUUCGUCACAUACAAAAUCGACAGUAUGGUGGAAAGCAGCUUAAUGUUAACCAAGAAAAAUUGCUGUCCCCAUAUGUUUCAAAGCACAUACCACCCCUACUGGCUGAAAAAGAAUUUGAAUUGGGGAAGAUAAAUAAAAUCUUCUCAUCUCACUGGCUGGAUGAUAGACAGGUUGCCAUGGGAACUAAAUGUAACAAGCUGAUUGUCCUGGACACUAAGACAGGAAAACAGUUUCACAUACCUUCUCUAAAGAGCAGUAAAAACAGUAUUCCUGCAGAAUGCCCCUGUGGGAUUCACAGUAUUGCCUUAAACCCCUCCCAGACCCUGUUUGCUACAGGGGCAGAGAACACCAAUGACCUGGCUGUGUACCAGCUGCCAACCUUUGACCCUGCCAUGGUGGGGGAGAAUGGUCACAAUGAUUGGAUAUUUGACAUCACUUGGAUAGAUGACGAAUACUUAGUCACAGGGUCCAGGGACAGCAAGCUGGCGUUGUGGAGGGUGGAGAUGGCAGAGAGUGACCCCGCAGAGAUUUCCACCCUUCCAUCCAGCAGCACUGGGAUCCCAGUGCCAGACUAUGCCAUCACCACCCCUGUUGUGUCCAGGUUCUGUGAGAAGGCUCAGAAAGUCAGAGCCUUGGCCUAUAACGAUGACAGAAAGGAGCUUGCUGUUUUGUCAUUAAACGCUUACUUUCAUUUGUGGGAUGUUGAAACAUUUAAUGCUAGAAGUCAUCGAGGUCUUAUUCACUCACGUGAGAAUGUUUGUAUGACAGUGUCUAAGAGGUACUGCAGUUAUGCUGUGGGGUCACAGUCCCAUAUAGAUCUACUCGAUCCUCGCUGCCCAAACACACAAACAUCAAUAGUAUCUAAGCACAGAGGCAGUGGUGUGAGGUCUCUGACCUUCACUGAUGACAUUCUGACCAUAGGGACAGGUGUGGGGGUGAUUCUGUUCUUCGACAUCAGGGCAGGGCGCUACCUAGAGAGUGAAUGUGGUCAUGCAUGUUCCCUCAACGUAGGAAGCGGUUGGCUGCGACAUGAUGAGACAUACAGGGACUUUUUCUGGGAGUCAGAUUACCCCAGUGCUAUUUAUACCCAUCGUUACGACAGUACGGGGACUCGUUUGUUUGCAGCAGGAGGUCCCCUACCCGCAGGAUUGUGGGGAAAUUACGCUGGUCUCUGGAGAUAGAACAGUAACCACAAUCCAGGAAUCAGCAAUUUAUUUAUUUGAUUAGAAUAUAAUUUACCUUGUUGGGUAGUUUUACUGAUACAUGUAGAUUGAAUGUCCCCUUAGAUAACAAUCACAUUUUAUAUCAUUUAAAGGUUGAAAGAGACUGUAAACUGAAAUUAUUUCUACCCUUAGUUAAAUAUUGUUGAUCUCGCAGAGUCCCCAAUUGUUUAAUUGUCGUAAUGAGAAGGCUUUGUGUGUGUGCCUGUUUGUGUAUGUGCUUGAGUGAUAGAUUUAUGCUGCCAAUGCUAGGGUCAGGUGACUUCUGUUUCAGAAAGAUAUUUUCAUCAGUUAAAUGAUGAAUUAUUUUGUUACUCAUACUACCAUGUUAUGGUGUUAAUGACAUUUUAUGCAUAUGUAAUAAAAUUAUUAUUUAUCGUUUUA